AUGGCGAUCCAAAAGAAGCACGGCAAAGGCCGUUUGGAUAAAUGGUAUAAACUCGCUAAAGAAAAGGGCUAUCGAGCUCGCGCUGCUUUCAAAUUAAUUCAGCUCAAUAAAAAAUACGGUUUCCUCGAAAAGAGCAAAGUUCUUCUCGAUCUUUGUGCUGCUCCUGGAUCAUGGUGUCAAGUCGCGGCAGAAUGUAUGCCAGCAGGCAGUCUAAUUGUCGGCGUCGAUCUCGCUCCGAUUAAACCUAUUCCUCGCGUUAUCACCUUCCAGAGCGAUAUCACUACCGAUAAAUGCCGUUCGACCCUCCGAUCUCAUGUCAAGCAUUUGAAGGCAGACACAGUUCUUCACGACGGUGCGCCGAAUGUCGGUACAGCAUGGGUGCAGGAUGCUUUCACCCAGGCCGAGUUAGUGUUGCAAUCCAUGAAAUUGGCGACUGAAUUUUUAAGAGAAGGAGGUACCUUUGUCACCAAGGUCUUCCGUUCAAAAGACUAUAACCCCCUUCUGUGGGUCUUCAAGCAGCUCUUCACAUCCGUUGAAGCUACUAAGCCUCCGUCAUCGCGAAAUGUCUCUGCCGAAAUUUUCGUUGUUUGCCGUGGCUUCAAAGCACCAAAACGCCUAGAUCCUAAAUUCUUGGAUCCUCGACAUGUGUUUGCAGAAUUGGCUGACCCAACACCCAAUAAUGAGGCCAAAGUGUUCAACCCGGAAAAGAAGAAGCGUAAGAGAGAAGGUUACGAGGAGGGCGAUUAUACCCAACACAAAGAGAUUUCUGUAACGGAAUUUAUCAAUACUACUGAUCCGAUUGCGAUUCUCGGUACCUACCAUACGCUGAGUUUCCAACAAUCUCCAAGUGGAGAUCUGGCUUUAGCUACCCUUGAAAGACUGGAGGAGACCACAAAUGAAAUUCGCAAAUGCUGCGAGGAUCUCCGGGUCCUUGGUAAGAAAGAAUUUCGAAACUUGUUGAAAUGGCGAUUGAAGGUCCGAGAGAAAUUCGGCCUUACUGUUAAGAAAAAGAAGACCCAGGACGAGGGUGAAGAAGUUGCUGAGGUUGCACCUAUGGACGACGAAUUGGCUAUCCAAGAAGAGCUCCAACGUCUUCGGGACAAUGAGAAUGCGCAAAGGAAGAAAGAGAGGCGCAAGGAGAACGAGAGGAAACGUAAAGAUAUUGUACGAAUGCAGAUGCAUAUGAUCACGCCCACAGAUAUUGGAAUGGAGCAAGCGGGUAUUGGUGGCGACAACACUAUGUUUGCGAUGAAAGCUGUGAAUCGGGAGAACGCUGCGGACAAGAUCGCUUCGGGAAAAAUGGUUGAGUUGGAAAGCGAGGAUGAGUCGGAAGCUUCUUCCGGUGAGGAGGAAACAGACGAUGAAGAGGAUCAGCUUGAACGAGAACUUGAUUCACUGUAUGAGACGUACCAGGAACAAAAGCACGACCGGGACUCGAAACUGCGUGCAAAGAAGGCGCGUAAGGACUACGAAGCGGAGGAAUGGGAGGGUUUCUCUGGAAGCGAGAAAGGCGAGGAUUCUGAUGAAGAUGUGGAGGACGACGAUUCCUCUCUUCUAUCUACAAAACUACCCCAGCCAGGCAACUUGUCGAAUCAGGCCGCUCUAUUUUUCGACCAGGACAUAUUCGAAGGGUUAGAGGAGAUUAACGAGCUUGAUGAUGAAGAUAGUGCAAUUGAUAUGGAAGAUCGCCCAGCACGCAAAUCAGCCAAGGAAUCCGUCGCCAAAUCAAAGGACGUUAAGCCAUCAACUACUGAAGAACAACAGGAAGAUGGCUGGGAUUCCUCGGAUGAAGAAGCAGAGAAACCGGAUGAUCCUCGAACAAAGGAUGGACGCUUGGAUAUCGAUAUUAUUACUGCGGAAGCUAUGGCUCUUGCACAACAGAUAGCCACAGGAGAGAAGACGACCCAAGAUGUGGCAGAUGAGGGAUUCAAUAAAUACGCUUUCCGCGAUAAAGACGGACUACCAGAGUGGUUUUUGGAUGACGAGAGCAAGCACAGCCGUCCUCAGCGACCAGUCACCAAAGCUGCAGCGGCAGCCAUCAAAGAGAAGCUGCGAGCAAUCAAUGCUCGACCUAUCAAGAAAGUCCGCGAAGCAAAAGCACGAAAGAAGUUCAAGGUUGCUCAGCGACUGGAGAAGCUACGCAAGAAGUCCGCUCUGCUUGCUGAGGACGAGAGUGUUAGUGAGAAGGACAAAGCGCAGGCCAUUGCUAAGCUUAUGAGCAAGGCAGCUAAGAAGAAGCCCAAGCAGAAAGUGAAGUUGGUGGUUGCCAAAGGUGCUAAUAGGGGUAUUUCUGGUCGUCCUCGUGGUGUCAAGGGCAAGUAUAAGAUUGUGGACUCGCGAAUGAAGAAGGACAUUCGGGCCCAGAAGAGAGUAGCCAAAGCGCAGAAGAAGCGCUAAAAAGUAUAUAUUUGCAAGCAUGGAUAGACAUAAUGGGAUGUGUACAUGUCAC